GAUGACUCAGGCCUGUAGGUCUUCACCUUCCCUACGGUUGGCAUUUCAAACUUCAGAAGCAGAAAGUGAGAGAGGGAUAAAAAGCAAGAACUUCAGGAGAAGAGAAGGAGGAAGGAGAAACGAGACGAGUGUGUGAGGAAAUAAAUUAAAUACGACGUUGUGAGAUCUUCAUACACACAUACAGGUAUGAGUAAUCGCUCCAUCGCGUGGUGGCUCAAACAGAUCGGCCUGCCGCAGUACACACAGACCCUGGAGAGAGAGUAUUAUGGGCUGGAGGGCCUUUUGAUGGUUACUGAUGGUGACUUGAUGUUGAUGGGUGUUGAAGAUGCUGAUCACAGAGUGACCAUAUUAACUAAUCUAAAAAAACACCAACAGAGUUUACAGUCAGGCUCACCCACUGCUCAGUGUCAGGCCUCGCCCCUGACACACACAGAGCGUUUCCAGGCCAGAGAAAAGAAAGUGAGCAGAAAGUUCUCUUUCAGUUCAUCUGACCUGUUUCGCCAGAGCAUCAUUCCACGCUUCAGUCGCCAUAACAACCACACCCUCUCCAUGUCCUGCUCCAGUCUCCUCCCACUCGACGACCGGCAUCAUCCCAUCUCCAUCAAACCCAAACACAGUAAGAGGAAGAGUGUCGGAAUUUUCAUCGCUCAGGUGUUUUCAAAUCGUAAGGAUAUGGACUCUCUGAAGAAAGAACUGGAAGAGGAGCUUAAACUGAGUACCGACGAUGUCAGGAGUCAUGCCUGGUAUCACGGGCAGCUACACAGAGAGGGAGCAGAGGAGCUGUUGAAAAAUGACGGGGAUUUCUUGGUGCGAGACUCUAGCAUGAAUGCCAAUGACUACGUCUUGAGCUGCAUGUGGAAAAAGCAGUGUAUGCACUUCAAAAUCAUCCGCAUUGUCCUCCGACCAAAACAGGGUUACUCAAGGGAGCUGUUUCAGUUUGAGAAUGAUCAAUUCGACAAUGUUGCCGCUCUGGUGCGCUUCCACGUAGGGGGGCGUCAACCAAUAUCGCAGGCUUCCGGAGCUGUCAUCUCUCACCCAGUCACGCGUACCCUUCCUUUGCGGGUCAUCAGUGAGCGCCAGACAGUGAAGUUGUCCAACAUAAGCUCUGCAGCAGCACCUCACUGGCCGGGAGAGAAGGGCAAGAGGCGGAGCUUGAGCUCCACACAUGUGGACAUGCUUCAGGUCAACAAUUACAACCUGCUCAGGAGUGGCAGUCAACCUGCUAAUUUAGAGACCGUAGGAAAACCAUCACUACAGUCAGCACAAUCAGACAGCAACCUUCGCCCAGUUCUUCCCCAGAGUAUUCCAGUGCAGGAACCUCUCUCCCCAGUGUUCCGUACAGGCAGUGAGCCUUUACUGAGCCCUGGCUCCAUCCACUCACGCAAUUCCAGGCGGUUAGCCACAGGAGGCUGUACACUCCGUGGUUCUGAUGGACAGUUGCAUUCUCGGGCUCCACCCAAACCAGUCAGAGUUUCCACCCUGUUUCAAGCAAAAUCACCAACCAUACCACAGAUCGAGGUCAACCCCGCCUCCGUCUAUGAUGAACUUGUGCCUCAGAUCCCUUCGUCAAUGCUGCCCAAAGGUCCAGCUGCUCGUCUUCGUGCUCAAGAGAAAUGGAGCAGCCGGGCACGUAUCACCGAAACGAGCUUUACUUUUCUUGAGGCACAGACAGAUGAGGAAGAGCAAGAGGCAGAGAAAGAGAAGAGAGACAGAAUGACAGAGGUAGCAAGAAAUGGAGAUGACUGGCGGUUCCUCCGUCCUGAAACAGAGACAACCUCGUCCUUUCGCCUGGAUGCAUUCCGCUCACUGCUGCUGCCCGACAACAACCGGCCACUGGAGCAGAGUGUACUACAUUCACUCAAAGAGCUGUUCGCUCACACGGACGCUAACACCACUGCUCUGCACAUGCUCAGUGUGGACUGCCAGGUGGCACGUGUGACGGGUGUGACUGAGGAGCAAAAGAGGAUGAUGGGAGUGAACUCUGGACUGGAACUCAUCACACUGCCACAUGGGAGCCAGCUGAGACAGGACUUGCUGGAGAGACAUCACCUAUUAGCACUGGGUGUGGCCUUGGACGUGCUGGGCUGUACAGGCUCAAUCAACCAGAGGGCACUGGUGCUCCAUAAGGCCAUCCAGCUGGCUCAAGCUCUGCGCUCUACUGCCCACGACCUCUAUGCCUUCAGCGCCAUCAUGAAGGCCCUUGAGCUGCCGCAGGUGAUCCGGUUGGAGAUGACAUGGCGAGUGUUGAGGAGGAACCACACUGAGAGCGCUGUGAUGUUUGAGAAAACCCUGAAGCCCUUCAUGAAGGCACUCAAUGAGGGCGAUGAGUCGGUGGUGUCCGGCCCCCUGUCCCUGCCCCACAUGGUGCCGUUGUUAAAGCUGAUGGAGGGAGAGGAUGGAGUGGAGAACAGCGAGAGAGGCUGCCAGCUCCUCUACAACAUCCUACAGUCCUCACGCCAUGUCGCUCAUCACGCUAAAGACUACCAACAACACGCGCAUGCACUGCUAUCUGCAGGUUGGGAGCCAAUCCCGGAGCUACUGGAGGUCUUCCACACUGAGUUUGCUCUGCGUCUGUUCUGGGGUCACGCAGGAGCCGAGGCAGCUCGAAAGGAACGCUAUGAAAAAUUCGACAAGAUCCUCACCGUCCUCUCUGACAAACUGGAGCCGGCUCAGACCUCCGAACUCUGACCUUUGAACAGGAAGCAGGAACUUAGGCUGAAAGCAAUUUUCUCUGAUUGGAUGAAAGAUAUGGGAAGCUGAGGAAACUUUUCGAAAGCAGUGGGAAGGUUUUCUCUGAUUGGAUGGAAAUUUUUGAUUUUUUUUCUCUAAUUAGAUGGAAAUAUCUGGAACGAGCUAAAGUUUAUUUCUGAUUGGAUGGAGUCCAGGGAAAGCUCUUCUCCCAUUGGAUGGGAUCUGGUUUGAACUUGUGGAACUGACUAAAGGUUGAGUGGUAAAAUCUCUUACUGGCUGUAAUUUGUGGAAAGCUUUCCUCUGACUGGACAGGAUUCACAGACAACAUAUGAAGUUUAUCUGCUGUUUGCCAUCAGGUCAAAAUGAAAACGGGAAAAUCAAAGAAAAUAUGAUACGAGUAAAAAAAAACAACUUUUGCGAUGAGCAGAAAUGGACUUCAGACAUCAUCGUCAUCAUCAUCAUCAUCAUUAAAGGCCUUCAGACUCAGAGUUACCAAAGAGAAAUGUUUAUUUUUGGAUUUAGACAUGUUUACACAUUCCAUCGUCCACCUCUCUCUGUGUGUGUGUGUGUGUGUGUGUGUGUGUGUGUGUGUGUGUGUGUGUGUGUGUGUCCUGAACAGUGUCCGCACUUGUGCCUCCCUGUUUCUGUGAAUGUUUGUUUUCUUACAAUGUCAAACACUGGAAAUUAUACAUUUCUUUUGAUAAUAAUAAUAAUAAUAAUAAAAACCUUUCUUGUACAGUA